CGUGUGCCACGGUUCUGGGGGCUUCAUUGUCAAAGAAGCACUUCUGGCAUCUUUGAAUGGAUCUGAUAAAGACCAGGCAAUUCAUCGAUCGAUUCUAGGUAUUAUCUUCGUUGGGACGCCUCACUCAACCGCCGAUGCGAGGCUAUUCCAUCAAUUGAACUUCAUGCAGCACCACCGAAGUCACGACUCACAAGGCAUCAACAUGGACACAGUUGCUUCAGUCAAAAGCCUUCUUCGACGAUUCAACAGUCUUAUUUGGUCCCGCCUUGGAUUCAGGCCUGUUUCAUUCUUUGAAGAGCUGAGUUCACCUGGUACUCCAGAAGGUUUUGGCCCUAUUGUCAACUGUGAGGAUGUCCACGUUGAGGGUCAAAAGCACAUCGGUCUUCACGCUAAUCACUGGAGCACCUGGAACUUCUCCGACCCUCUUAGCUCUACGUAUAAAGCCGUCUCUACGGUGUUACAGAGCUUUUACCAUGGUCUACAUACCAUGACAUCCGAGGCCUCUUUCCAACAAAUGGAUCCUGAUAUCUCUGGACUGCUUCGGUCUCUCCACGUCGACAACAGUGAGCGCCUCUCAGCUGCAAUGAAAGGGACUUGUUCCUGGAUCUUUGACCACCACGCCUUCGAAUCUUGGCUUGAACACCCGUCAGGUCUUUUGUGGAUUAAAGGUAAACCAGGAAGUGGCAAGUCAACACUCUUGCGAUAUAUAUAUCAGACUGUGACGUUCCGAGAACCUACAUCUCUCCUCUUUUUCCAGUUCAACUACCCUAGCCACACCUCUAUAAACGCCAUGCUUCGGUCUUUAAUAUUUCAACUGCUCGUCACGCGCCCCAGCUACCAACUCUAUGGAAUGCGAGAUACCUAUGCUAUACGAACAGAAACGCACGGUGAUUAUGGCACCAAUUGGCAGUGGGGUGACCCUGAGUUGAUUUCCUAUUUGCAGGAGUCGUUCCUACAGGCUACCCAAGAUAACUCACAUUUUGUGAUCUUUCUGGAUGCCUUGGACGAGGCUACCGAGGAGCUUUCAGUCAAUUCGGUUAUUCUCGAUAUUCUUGCCAUCCCAUCUAUCCGGAUAUGUGCUUCAUCGCGAUCAAGUCCCGGGUGCCCUAGCAUCGACACACAAACCAUAAUCUUGGAGGAUCUCAACACCGCCGAUAUCACAUAUUACACCAAAUCAAGAGUCUCAUCAGUCGACUGCAAGGACUCUAGUAUACAGCGAGACCUGAUACAGAGCUUGAUUGAGGCUUCAGAUGGGAUGUUUUUAUAUGUUCAUCUAGUCCUUUCCAAUCUCGAAAUCUGGCUUGAUCAGUCGGAGGCCCAAGGAAAAGGUCGACUCGGCCACAUUGACUUCCCCAGGGGCCUCGAGGAUUUGUAUUCCCUGAUCAUCGCCCACAUCGAAUCCAGCGAGAAGAGUCGAGAUGUAGUUCGACAUAUUUUCCAAUGGGUCGCCUUUGCGACACGUCCUUUGACUGUUCCUGAGCUGAUGAAUGUAAUGGCAUUCGAAAAGGUUGAAGGCUAUGAUCUUUGUCCUCACAGCCGCCAAACUCUGGGCGCACUAUCAGCGUGUAAAUGCGCACAGAGAAUUACUUCCCCAUGUAGAGGCUUCAUUGCAGUCCAAUCUCCCAUUACUGCCCCGAGACAGUCUGUUGUUAGUUUCACUCACCAAAGCGUUUUGGACUUCCUGAUGGCAUACGAGCCAUUAUCCUUUCACACCAACACCUUGGAACUCCGAGGACACGAGGCUCUUGCACGGUCUUGCUGCCAGAUUAUCCUCUCAGAGACACGUUCUCGCCGGAAAGGCUACACAGACUCGUAUUCUGAUACCUGGGAAAUCUCAUCAUAUGCUCUGGAGAGCUGGAUGUCACACCUGAGAAAGGCACUUGAGCUAGGAUCAUCUUGCUCAGAGCUUUUGUCAGACCUUUCACAAAACGCUUUCCUGGAGAACACGCUUGCGUUGCAUGAAGGUUUUGCUUCUAGCCACAAGGUUUGGCCCCGUUUGACGCACAGGUAUACCAUCGACAUGUCAUGGGAAACAAAACAGUACAGAACCUCGAGUCCACUUCUUUUGUGCUGCGCCGUAGGCCAUGUUGCGUCAUGUCAACGGUACAUAUCAUUGGGCGAGAGUUAUAACGACCGAGACAGCUUAUACGGUAUAACGCCGCUUGGAUGGGCUGCAGCGUAUGGUCAUUCAGAGGUUGUGGAGCUUCUUCUUGAUUCUGGGGCUGAAGUUGACUACACUUCAAAUGACACCUCGCCACUGCAGCUGGCCGUCCGUUGCGGCAACAAGAGAGUGGCGCAGCAGCUUCUCAAGGAAAGGCCAGUUAUGAACGGCGAGCCCACUAUCACCACUCAGACAGCUUUGUCUCGGGCAGCAUCACUCGGAACCCUCUUCACCAUGCUAUCGCAGCAGGUAAAAGGGCAACUCUAGCACGACUACUCUCCACAAUUCCCAAGACAUCCUUCGAAAAGCUCAAAGACCUCCCACCUCGCAACCUUCCAGCCUGGGUACAACGCGUUUUGUUUGCAUUCGGGCUUGGGCUCUGUUGUCAUGGGUCUGG